AUGUCAACGCGUCAAAAGUCCUUCUUUGAUCAGAAACCACGGCCAAAGCAUUUUAACCAAUGGCCGGGCCGUCCACGCAAUCACACUGCCGACCAGCAUAACACCGCUGCACCCCACCAAGUCGUCUCCGGACCACCUAUCAUGCCCUCGAGCCAGACUCGGACGAAGCUCAAGAAGUUCCAGUUCAUCGAGGGCGCACCUGCUCCGAAUACCAUGGGACGAAAAGACGCAGAAAAAGAAAACACAGUCGCGAGGAAGGAAGCCAAGUCACCGACUAAGAAGAGAAGGGUUGACUCUCACCAAUCCACCAACACAGAGGCUGCCGAGAAGACUGCACAAACACCGAAACCGGCGAACACGAAGUCAUGUCCACCUCCAUCGACGCCUGGGACUAGGAUUCCACUCGCCGAGCUCGUCGGUAACGUUGACGAUUCGAGUCGCCAUGUUGUCAAGACUGUAGUGUCGCCAGAGGAACAACUAUGCUGGCGUGGAUCGCAGCAGAUAAACACACCUCUUCCGCGAAAACGAAAGCGCGCACGAAGCUCCUCACCCGUGGCGCCUUCUCCCGAAGAUGCACAGGUACAACAGCAGGAUGCGAGACAGCUCACAACCCCUCAGGCCAAUCCUGCGACAGAAUUAUGGAAUCAGUACACGAACAACAAGGGAACACCAGGCGGCGCAAAAGGCAUAGCGUUCGCGCAUCUAAUUAGCGAAGCCUCGCCACGCUCUUCUGCGACAGCUGGGAGCGUGAGUGGUCUUCGGAGGUGGGCCAGCUGCGGUGUUGAAUUUCCAGCAUCUACAAAGAAAAGGAGAAGAACGCAGGCAGCGAUUGGAGUUUUCAAGGAAAAGACCGAGGAUCUGUCUGAUCAGCCAAGCUCCGAUGGAAACUUUCAAGCGCCACCGCGGGGAAAAACCAACCUGGCAGAAAUGCUCGAAAAGAUGCGCGAAUCAAUGGCGAAGCCGGUCCCGAGAGAUUCACAAGCUCCAUCUAGCUCAUCACCGUUGCCCGCGGCCGAGCGCCAGGAUGUUCCGACUGAUUCACCCUUGCGACAUCGCGGACGAGCGGACUUUGAGGAUGGGGAGAGUUCCGCGACUGUGAUUGAAGAAGCUGCGCCUGUUGGAAAGGGAGAGGACGAGGAAGACGAGUACGGGUCUCGUAGAACCUCGGGCUCUUCCGAUGAGUUCGGUGACGUCGACUUUGAUGAUGACAUGGUAGAUGCGCUCGAAAUAUCUGGCCGCACUGCUACCGUCCCGGAAACCCAUAUUCACUCACCAGACAUGGGACAAGCCGUUUCGAAUUCAGCUCCACGUGAGCCUUCCGAGCCUCCUGUGUUGGAAGCGGCGGAAAGCGAUGACGAAUUUGGACUAGAUGAAGACGUGUUUGCGGAAGAUCUUGAGCAUGUAGCAUCGCUUUACGAUGCCAGGGCUGAGUGUACACCGGAGCGGCAGUCAUUAGGUGUCGACGCAACAGAGAACAGGCACACGGCAAAAGGAGCUCCAUCCGUACUUGCUCCUCCUGUCAUUGAUCUAAUCGACGACGAUGACGAUGAUGAUUUUGGCGAUGACAUAGAUGCUGAUGAAUUUGCUGCAGCUGAGGUUGCAGCAACCCAAGCACCCGCCACAGAUAGUGCACAGGACGCUAGAGCUAUUCAGCGCUACCUCAUAAAGCGAGUAGACGAGGCCCACUACAUGACUGACAAGGGGUAUCAAAUGCCAGAGAAGGUUCUGUUAGUAGAGGACGAGAAGACAAAGCUAUUCAAAGCCAUCACCCUUCGACAAGCCUGGUACGAUACACCGUGUACCCCGGGUUCCUUCGUCCACGUCAUCGGAGAGUUCUCUAAGACGGGGCAAUGCAUCAUCGACGAUCACCACAACAUGCUCAUACUUCAUCCUGACCAUCUGAUCUCGGCGACGGUUGUUGCAGACUCGUUUGGAUGUCUACGACGAGCUGUCCUGCAAGACCGGGUCAAGGCGACAAGCAGAGCCAAUGCUCCCAUGCUAUACGGCACCCUUCUCCAUGAGCUUUUCCAAGAAGCCUUAAAAGCCAACCAGUGGGACAUCGACUUCCUUCUGGAGACCGUCGACAAGCUCAUUCCCAGCAAAUUCGAAACGAUCCUCGAGAUCAAUUCGAACUGCGAAGAGGUGAAAGAGCAUAUCAGCAGCAAGUUGCCAGAAUUACAGUCCUGGGCUAAGAUCUUUGUCCGCGCCAAACCAAGAGCGGAUGCCAUCGUACGAGAACGGAAUGGAAGGCAGUCAGUCAUGAGCAUCAACAAGUUGCUUGACGUCGAGGAACAUGUCUGGUCGCCGAUGUACGGCCUUAAAGGCAACAUUGAUGCUACGGUCCAAGUGACCAUGCAGGAUGACCAAGGCGAACGCACCCUCACAGUCCCUUUUGAAGUCAAGACCGGCAAAAAUUCUUCGAACGCUGCGCACGUCGCACAAACAGCUUUGUAUAACCUGUUGUUGUCUAACCGCUAUGACGUUGAUAUUGCAUACGGUAUUUUGUAUUACCUUGAGACUUCGGAUACCAGCCGUAUUCCCGCUAUACGUAACGACAUUAUCCACAUGAUCAUCAAGCGCAACGAGCUGGCCUGCUUUGUCCGAGAUCGUAUCGAGCUACCGGAAAUACUGAAGGAGGACCACAAAUGCGGCAAGUGCUAUGCUCAAGAAGCAUGUUUCCUGUACCACAAGCUUGUCGAAGAUGGACAGGGCGAGCGACUGAACAAGAAGGCAAAAGAGCGUUACGAUGAGCUUGUGAAAGAUCUAAAGCCUUCUGACCAGGAGUUCAUGAAGAAGUGGGACGAAUUGCUCACCAAGGAAGAAUCCGAUAUGAUGAAAUUCAGAAGAGAGCUCUGGACCAUGUUGAGUACCGAGCGAGAGAAACUUGGAAGAUGCUUCUCCAAUGUCAUACUGGAGCCCGGGUCAGGCCUUGAAGAGAAGAAUGGGCAGAAGAUCAAUCGCUACACCUACACUUUCGUCAAACAACAGCCGAAGCCGGGCUUUUCUUUCACAGAGUCCCAGCUCAUCAUUGGUGAGCCUGUUGUCGUAUCCGACGAGCGAGGCCACUUUGCAUUAGCUAACGGCUAUGUCACAAACGUGCGAAAGCGUCGCAUCACUGUUGCUGUUGAUCGCCGCUUGCACAACUCUCGCAGCAAGCUUCCAGGUUUCCAUUCGCAGCACAACCAAUCUUUCGCCGGCAUCAUGGAAGUAUCGAAAGAAGGCGAUCCAGUGCCGGAGUACCAGGACGACGAAGAGCCCGUGUUAUAUCGCUUGGAUAAGGACGAAUUCAGUAACGGCAUGGCGGCUGCUCGGAACAACCUGAUCCAAAUCAUGGACGACAAUAUUUACAAAGCACGAGACCUUCGCUCGCUCAUCGUUGGCGGUCGUGCUCCUAUUUUCACAACCGCACAAAAUGCUUCUCUUCCAGAGUCCUCGCAAAUGUCGAUGAACUCUGACCAGAAAGCGGCCGUGUCCAAGGUCAUGUCAGCCAAGGACUACGCUCUUGUUCUGGGAAUGCCUGGUACCGGCAAGACUACCACUAUCGCACACAUCAUUCGGACACUCGUUGCCAAAGGCAAAAGUGUGCUUCUUACCUCGUAUACGCACACCGCAGUCGACAACAUUCUACUGAAGAUUCGGAACGAUAACAUUGGCGUCUUGCGCAUCGGAGCAGCCGCCAAAAUCCACCCUGACGUCCGCCAGUUUGCUACUUUGGCUGCCGAGACUAAGGAGAGUCUGGAGGAACUCGAGAAAUCUUGGAUGCAGCCACCAGUCGUAGCCACGACUUGCUUGUCUAUCAACCACCCUCUGUUCAACCGACGAAUUUUUGAUUACUGCAUCGUUGAUGAAGCUUCUCAGAUCACGCUUCCCGUUUGCCUAGGGCCCAUUCGUAUGUCGCAGAAGUUUAUCCUGGUCGGAGAUCACUACCAGCUUCCUCCUCUCGUUCAAAACAAGCAGGCAGCCGAAGGUGGUCUUGAUGUAUCGCUGUUCAAGAUGCUCUGCGAGGCGCAUCCUCAGGCUGUUGUGAGUCUCGAGCACCAGUACCGCAUGUGCGCCGAUAUCAUGCUUCUGUCGAACACUUUCAUCUACUCUGGACGCCUCAAAUGUGGAACGUCUGCGAUAGCUUCGCGCCAAAUCACCCUGCCCAAUCCCUCAGGCCUGUCAGCUCAUCAUAACAAGUUACAUCCCUCACGACCAGCUGAAGAGUCCACUUGUGUUGGUCCUGCCUCUGCAAGCUGCUGGCUAUCUCGAACUCUUUCCCCAAGUGCUCCCGUGGUCUUCAUCAAUACCGAUCUGAUCUCCACGCAACUGGAAACACAAGCUGGCUCACGCAUCAACAAUACUCUGGAAGCGCGCCUUGUCACACAUCUUACCCUUUCGCUCCUCUCACUCGGUGUACCUGCUACCGAGAUCGGCGUCAUAGCGCUCUAUCGUAGCCAACUCGCUCUGCUACGACAGUCGCUUUCUUCCGCCCAUACGCAGACUCAGUGCUCAGAACUCGCAGCGGCAGCCACGGGACCCGGCAUCUCAGCUGUAGAGCUCCACACAGCGGACAAAUUCCAAGGCCGCGACAAGGAAGUUGUGCUGGUCUCGUGCGUGCGAAGCAACGACAACGGCGUGGUGGGCGACUUGCUAAAAGACCGCCGUCGAGUCAACGUUGCGCUCACCAGAGCGCGCAGCAAGCUCAUCAUCUUAGGCAGCGAAAAAACACUCUCCGGCAACGAUCUGCUGCGAGACAUUGUCGCGCUCUGCCGGGAGAAAGAUUGGGUGCUCGACAUCACACAGAAUAUGAUAGACGGUCACGCUUUCAACGAAGGCUUCUCGCAGCCCACUGGCAAAACACCGUCGAUGUCUCGCUCGCGCUUUGCGGCUCCGAGUAAGAGCCCGACACCCAGCCCGACUAAGAAGCGGAAGGCUUUGGGUGAUAUUACUGCUAGUGGCGGACAGGUGAACAAGAGACCGCAAAAGAGAAGCCAGCAAACGCCGAAUGGGAGUCCAGAGACGGUUAAGACAGGGAGGAAAACGCCUGCCAAGGUUUUCAAGGCUGGGAAGAGAGGUAUCCUCGACGGGCGACCGUUGCUGCAGAAUAUCUUUAAUGAGGCUAUUUGA